CCCGGGCGUUAUUUUCGGGUGAAGACGGUAGCCCCUACACCAAGAAGCAGCAAGAAAAGAUGGCCGCCCUAGUUAAGGAGAAUAGGGAGAGGAAUGAGCGCGAGAAGCAAGCGAAGCUAAAGGCUAUCGCAGACGAGCAGGCGGCGAAGAUGAGGGAAUUGCAAGAGGAGAUCGAGAAAAAGAAGAAGGCUGCUGAAGAAGAAGCGGCAGCAGAAGAAGAAAAAGAGAGAAUGAGAAUUGAGAGUGGAGAAGGGAGCAGUGGUGGCACGAUGAAGAGGGAUACAGAUGUUGAGAUUGAGAAGAAGAUAAGCGAGUGGGUCGCUAAUUUAUCGUUGGGAGAAGACGAGGAGGCGGAAUCUUAUGUAACAGAGGAUGAGAGGGCUGCGCUAGCCAGUGAGCUAGCAGCAAUGACAAAUCCAAUGGAUAGACGAGAAAGGGAGGAGGAGCAGAAAUUGGCGUGGAAGCUGAGGAUGAAGAGGGAGAAGAAGAGGAGGAGAGAGGAAGUGAGCAAAUUGUUUGCAGAGGUAGCAAAGGUGCAGGAGUGCAGGCAGGAAGUGUUGGCCCAACCAGAUGACAAGGCUAAGUGGGAUAAGGUGUUGGGUUACCUGGAAGUGUUGAGCAAGGCCUGGAUAGAGGAGCGCCAGGCCAGUUGGAGCCAGGAUGUAGCCUUGAGUGCCAUGCGGUCAGGGUUCAGAGACUUUGCGCACGAGAUCGUCACCCACAUCGGGGGCGAAGUCCGGCAACUGAGGGACAACAUAGGGAAGUUCUGUGAGGGCGCCAUUGGGGGUGCCAAAGCCAUAGCCGCUGUAGAGGGCGAGGCCAGACCCCGUAAGGACCCAGUUAAACUUAAGUUUCCAGACGCGUACGGGGGGAAGAAGGAGGAAAACUUUGACAAUUGGGAAGCCAGUGUCAAUAGUUAUAUAUAUUUACAACAUAUCCUGUCAGAGGAGCAAGUCCUCGUGGCCUUCCAGGCCGUUAAAGAUGAAGCGGCUAGUUUCGCUAGGUCCCUCGCACGCGCAGCAGGUUGUGAAAACAACCUGGUUGCUUACUCUAAAGUUAACCCCCUUCCUCAAUUCCUCAAGCUCCUGAAGGAGCGAUUUGCCGACCCAAUGAGAGGCGUUCGCGCCUCUGACAAGCUGCAAACGAUCCACUCACGACAAUGGAGGAGUGCCUGGGCACUCAAGGGUACAAUGGACGACUUGGUAGCCGUCCCAGACCAUGGGGUCACAGAGCCCCAGUUGGUUCAAUUAUUUUAUCGUGCCAUGCCAGAGGCCCUACGUGGGCAUUUCUUUGACAAGUCUCAACAGGCCGGCAUCAGUUAUGAUGCAUCGAGUAGAAAAGUCGUCCUGUAUGAGUCAAGGUCCAUGCCAGUUACCACCUUCUGGCAUAAGGACCUCGAUAAGGGAAAAAGGUGGAAGGGUCGUACCAUCUCAGGCCAGGUGAGGGCCAAGGAUCACAUGAUCCUUGCCUUAGAAGAAGGUGGUACUGAUGAGGUUCCAUACAGCCAGAUUGAGUGGGGCCUAGAGGAAGAGGACAGUAGUGUGGGACAGGGGAGGUCUUAUGCUGCUGUCGCGGCUGGAGAAAGGCCGCAAGCCAACUACUACAGAAAGUUCGUGAGGAACUUCUCCACUAUCGCCGCUCCCUUGCGCAGGUUGCUAAAGAAAGAAGCAAUCAGGCAAUGGGACAAAGACUGUACGUCUACACUCAAGAAGUUAAAGCGCGCGUUAAUAGAGUAUCCUGUCCUCAAAGUAGUUGAUCCGUCCUUGCCAUUUGUCGUCACCACGGACGCAAGUCAGUAUGGGAUAGGCGCCGUGUUGCAGCAAGAUGACGGCCAUGGCUAUAAACCCGUAGAGUUCAUGUCCGCGAGGAUGCCCUCAGAGAAGGUAGCCACCUCGACGUACGAGAGAGAACUCUACGCUCUCAGGCAGGCUCUAGACCAUUGGAAGCAUUACCUGCUUGGGAGGCACUUCAAAGUGUAUUCUGAUCAUGAGACCCUUAGAUGGUUAAAGAUCCAGGCCAAGAUGACACCUAAGCUAACUAGGUGGGCCGCUGAGAUAGACCAGUACGACUUUGAGCUCAAGCCAGUAAAGGGCAAGUACGACGUAAUUGAGGACGCUCUGAGUAGGAGAUCAGACUACUUUGGAGCCAUAGUACACUAUCUGGAUAUAGGGAGAGACCUGCAGGAGAAAGUGAAGCAAGCGUAUGCGUAGGACCCUAUCUAUAGCGACCUCCUAAAGAGAGUUAGAGAGGCCCCAGAGACU